AAAAUUUUGAUUUGACAUUGACAAUUGACAUAUUUUGAAAAUUCAGCGCCCUCUUUCUUCUUGUGAAUUUUGUGAAUCAAAAUGUCGCUGGUAAUUCCAGAAAAGUUCCAACACAUUCUUCGUAUCUUGGGUACGAAUAUCGAUGGAAAAAGGAAAGUGAUGUUCGCUUUAACAGCCAUCAAAGGUGUUGGUAGGCGAUAUUCAAAUAUUGUGUUGAAGAAGGCCGAUGUGGACCUAGACAAACGUGCAGGAGAAUGCUCUGAAGAGGAAGUAGAGAAAAUUAUUACCAUUAUGUCUAAUCCUCGCCAGUACAAAAUUCCUGACUGGUUCCUUAACAGACAGAAAGAUAUUGUUGAUGGCAAGUACAAUCAACUCACGUCUGCUUCAUUGGAUUCAAAACUCCGUGAAGAUUUGGAACGCAUGAAGAAAAUUCGUGCUCACAGAGGUAUGAGACAUUACUGGGGUCUCCGUGUUCGCGGACAACACACUAAAACCACUGGACGUCGUGGAAGAACUGUCGGUGUGUCUAAGAAGAAGUAAUAUGUUUUAAUUAUUUUUAAAUAAAAAAUUAUAAAAUAAAAA